GGCAUGUUAUUCCCCUUCAGUUUAAGGAAAUGGUGCGGUCCAAUACUAUUGAAGUCAAAACUGGGAAGCUGUUUGUUUUCAGCUAGAAUAGAACGCUGCUGAUAGCUUCCAGCCUUUCACUGCGGCACCGAUUUUUUAGGAGGCUUUAACCGUUAAAUAUCUGCUUGCUUUCUUUUUAGCUGUGCCGUUUCUCGCCAUGGCUCUGUGCGGCGGCGUCGGAGCCAUGGCUUUACCAAGCGAGCUAAUCGUCCACAUAUUCUCCUUUCUGUCAGACCGAGACAAGCUCCGGGCCUCGGCCGUUUGUUCGCGGUGGAGGGAGUGUCUGUUCUAUCCAGCUCUGUGGACUGAACUGAAACUACGGAUAGGCGGCGGUAGCUCAAGCUCCGAGGAGACUUCGAGAUUGGAGUUCCUCAUGCUGAAGUUCGGUGCUUUCGUGCGAGAACUACAGCUGGAACUCUCUCCCGAAGAAGUCAGCCCGAGUUCCCUCAACAACGAGCCGCCCUCCGCCACCAGAGUGGACCUGCCUGCAGGUCCUAACGACUCGCAACCGUCCAAGAAUGCAGAGACGCGAUCUACCUACUUGGACCAGGCGUUGUGUGUGCUCACCAAUAUUCGUAACAACAGGAACCUGCAGAAGUUGCGUCUAUAUGGAGACACUUGUGCUCUCCAACAGGAGGGACUCUUGGACAACUCCAACCUCCACCAAAUUGACCAAGGCCACAAGAAAAUCAAUGAGAUCCAGCGGUUGUUGAGAGAGUUUUUAUCUCACAGUAGGCAGCUUAGGUGGUUGUCCUGUAGCUUCAUGCUUGGUCUGGUGACUCCCUCCUCCUUAGCAUGCCUAUCGAAUCCCUCUUCAGAGACUUUACAGCACCUCAGUUUGCUUGACCACCAGUUUGGUCCUCUCAUUUCACCAUCUGAGUUGGACCGUCUUUCUUCUUUACACUCUCUCGCUCUUGAUUUCUCUGAUCUUACAUCUGAGCUGUGUGGUCUGCUGGCAUCACCACACCGGCCUCCGCUGCAUCGUUUGUCACUGCUGCUUAAUGGUGCCACUCUGGAAUUCAAGUCUUUAGAAGGGACGGCUACAGAGGACGAUUGGAAGGCGCUGGUACAGGUGAGUGCCAACCUACGAGUGUACCUCAUGGCUGUAGAGGUCACCAGCACAGAUCUCCUCAGAGUGCUGAAGCCGAGCCUUCCACUGGAGCGCAUCCACCUGGAUAGUUACAAUACAUUGGUGACCGACACCACUCUGGAGCUCAUCGCUCAGCAAUACAAUAAAACUCUAACACACUUCCUUUUACUGAGGGAUGACCCUGAUUUCCCAGACCUCAGUGUCAAUCGCAAUGAAGAUCCAUUGGUCCUCUUGGCUUGGAGGUGUACUCAACUGGCUGUGCUUAUAAUUCACGGCUACACUGUGUGGUCUCACAAUCUGGUGGCAAUCUCUCGUCUGCGGGGAUCCAGUCUUCGUGUCCUGACUGUGUCUGAGGAGAGCAUCGACUUUGACCCGGACCAGCCGGUGUAUUUGGAAGGCGAUCCAGUUCAUAACCUGGUCAAAGAGGUGUCACUGGGCCUUGGCCGAGUGUGGCACCCAUGUUUGGAUUACAACAUUGUUUUGACUGAGCCCACCCAGCACUUCCAUCAUGAGCUCCAUGCUUUCAGCAUGGGCAUUUAGGCAAGAAUGGCCAGUCCUGUAGACCACAGCCUGGGCUGUCCAGAGACCAGGCCAGAUCAACUAAAUACACAUAAACUCACACCAUGCUAAACUUGAUUUUAACCGAGAUGAAUCAUAAAUUAUAUGUUUGCACGGGUUUUUGGCACAUAACAGAAGGCAAAUAAUUCCCAAGAGUUUUUCCAGAGGAGGUCUUGUCUUGAGAAUCAACUGAAAUUUAGAAAUUCCAAACCAACUUUUGAGUAGCAUGCUUUAUUCACAGUUAGUCAGAUAACUUCAAUUUGUAGGUUUAAAAAUACGCCAUUGCUUUCUUGUCUUUCAAGGCCCAUUCUGGCCUGGGUUUGACCACAGAGGUAGACAUUUUUUGAUAGCUGGCUAAUGUAAUAAAUCCCAGAGCUGCUCUAUGAAAUUAGUUUUUAAAAUAUCUUAUCUUGUUCACAGGUAGAACAGGACGGGCAGUAUGCUUGAUUAAUGGAUCUUGGAAAUUUUGUGAGAAAAUGCUAUGUGCUCAGACCCAAGUCGUUAGUUUUAGUUUUCAAGUUUUUUUUUUUUUUUUUUUACAUCAUUUUGUCUGUCUUAUCUGCGCUUAGAAAAGUUGUUAAUGUCUUGAUCACUUCCUGGAUAACAACCUUUUUAGUAAGUUCUUUGACAGCAGAAAAAAAUAUAUACUGUAGCUGCCUGAGGCUGGUGCUGCUUGCUUCAAAUAUUUUUCAUCAAUGCCAUGCCUUCUCAGAUUAUUCGCCACCUUACUGACAAGGUUUGCUUUUUAUGGCCAGAGUUAUUUAUUAUUAGUUGUAGUUGAUCAUUUUAAAAUUUUGUGUUAUGGAGAUUAUUGGUACAUAUUUGGAUGCAGACGCAUUCCACCCCCUUUACUUAGUGACAUUUUUCAAAACCUCAUUCGUCAUCUAGAUAGCGAGCCCCGUCUUCUGGUGGGCGCUCAUGGCAAAACUAUAAAAUUCAGUAACAGAAAAGUGAACCUAUUACUGUACUGUUUAUUUUUCAUUGAUUGGUAAUCAGCUGACAGUUAAUAUCCAUUCAUCCAUGGAUAUGUCCACUAGGGCGGCAUGGUGGACCAGCUGUAGAGCGUUGACCUCACAAUUCUGAGCACCAGGGUUCAAAUCCCAGCCCCACCUGUGUGGAGCUUGCAUGUUCUCUGCGUGCUUGCGUGGGUUUUCGUCAGGCACUGCGGUUUCCUCCCACAUCCCAAAAACAUGGAUUAAUUGGAGAUUCUAAAUUGCCCCUAGGUAUUAUUGUGAAUGCAACUGUUUCUGUGUACAUGUGCCUGGCAACCAGUUCAGGGUGUACCCUAAAUCCUGCCCGAUGACGGCUGAGAUUGGCUCCGCCACUCCGACAACCCUCGUGAGGAUAAGCGGCUCAGACAAUGGAUGGAUGGAUAUCCACUAGAUCAAGAUAUUAUCCGGAAAUAGGUCUUUGUACAUACUACUGCAGAACCAUUGGAAGUGACCAGUGACCGGAAGCACAGAUAAAUGAAUAGCAAAGUGCAAAAGGUUACAUAAAAAAUUGCUGUGGUUUUUCGAUUGAAAAUCAUAUUGCAUCUCUACAUCAGUGAUUGAAAAGUCUAUUUUAUCUAACAUGGUUAUUCUAAAGUCAAAGCGAACAAAUGUUUGGAAAUAACAUUCCCAGCUUUUGUGUUAAAAGUGCAUCUUCGUCUGUGACGUUCUUGUGACACUUUUUGAUUUAAAACAUGACAAAGAAAAUUUUGCCUUGAAUGUGACUGUUGUUGGCCAAUCAGACAAUUGUUUUGUUGGGGUAGGGUUCAGAAAUCUUUUCACAAGACUUCAUUUUGUGGUAGAACUAGGAGUGUAUGAAACAACUUUUGUGCAAUGUAGGAUUCACUCUUGUCUGAGAAAAAGAAAAAAGGCACCUUUGGUAUAACAUAGUUUUGAGUGCUAUGACUCAUUUCUGUGAUGACACGUUUUUUCUUUGUCUCAGGUAAGCCUUUAAGAUCCCUUUGAUCGGGACAGUGGUGGAGGUUGUCGAUGAGGGCGUGUGAAAAGAACUUUUUCUUGCAGAUGCUUGUUUAUUUUGAUGUUCUUAUUGAGUCACAGUUGCCUUUGAGAUCACCCCAUUUUGAUGGAAAGUUAUUUAUUGUGCUGAUUAUUUUUUUAGGCCCGAUAAACACUCCACUUUGGUAGAUUUGUUUGCGAACCUAAUCAUACAUUUGUUUUUAAAGAAUUAGGUUGAUAGAUGUUGAUAAACUGCACUCUUUUCUGUCACUAGUAGAUGUUGGUAACACCUACUAUAGACUGAGUGUGUGCAUUCUGUGAUUGAAUGACCUAUUGGACCACUUAAAUUUUGAACUGAAUGUAGUCCAUUUUCAAGGUAGUGUGGAUCUUGUCUGUGGUCCUUCCUCAGCCAUGAAGACAUGGUUAGUACUAACUUUAGUUGAAGCUUUGGGGAACUGUACCAAGCCUGGCAUUGUACACAGAAGUAUGUGUAACUUUUUUUUGUACACAGACCCAAGAAACGUACUUCUUAAUCUAGCAGCAGUUUCCAUGCUCAGUACGGUUUUAUUCUCUUUGUCGGGUCAGUAUUGUCCUGCACUGAAGUUUACAUGAAGGCUUCUUCUGACUGUAUGGCUGGUUGGGUGAAGGUUAUUUAAGUUUAUCUGCCUGUAGAUGGACAAAGAUUCUUUCCCAGAUGGCUAUAGAUGGGUACCUACCAUGCCUCUGCACUACAUACUAUAAAGGUUCAUAUCAAGGUGUGCGUUAUGUUUACGUGGUGAGGUUGUCGACAGUCACCUCAUGGGCAGCUGACUGAAUUGGUUCGACUGGUGGGCAUCCGGCUGUCAAUAAUUUCCUGGAUGAUAAUACGACCAUGAUGGUUUAGCCUUGAUAAUCUCUUUCUUGGUCCAUAUCUCAGGAUCGUUAAACUUUGGGUUACAAUAGUUUCUUUUUAUUCUAAAAAGGUUAUUACAAAUACACUUGGAGCUUGUGUAUGCUGAAGAGAGCCUGGCACGAGCAGCAAAACUCAUCCUGACCCAAAAUAUUUUGCAUGAGCUUACCCCCCAAUCAAUUCUAUAUUUUAGGAAGAUGCUUGUAUAGAGAUGAUGAUGGAAAUUGAAAGCAAUUUAUACAUAUAUGAACUAGAAUUUUUUUUUUUUUUUUUUUUUUCUCCAGGCAUAUUUGUGGGGGCAAAACUAUGGAUCCCCAUUUUGGCACUUUGACCUGCCCUGAGAUUUUUUUUUCUCUGUAUAAUGUCACUGCUUUUCUUGCUGUGUUGUUGCUAAGAAUGGAUCUAUUGCAAUUACUGGCACUCUUAUCACUCUAGUUUGAUAGAGAAACUUGAUUACAUGACAUUCUGAGAGGCUACGAGUAAUAGUUAAAUGUUGAGAGUGAACAUUAUUGAAUUUACAUGGCGGAUAGGAACCAGUAAAACCAGACAGGAUAUUUUUGUCACCAACCAAUUCCAAAGACAAAUGACAAAGCACAUGCUUUGAGGAAAAAGGAGCUCCUCAUAACUAUCUCAUCCAUAAUUGCUAAAUCCAGAGACAUGCCUCAGUUUGCACUUGCAACUAUUUUGUUUCUCGGUGGUUUGAAUUGCCUAAUAAAAAAUUGCGUGUUCCUGUACAGCCUUUACACCUGCAUGUUUAGUGUUUGUGUGCACAUGGCAUAGUUGGCUUGUUCAUGUGCUGUCAACCCAAAAUGUAAUGCAUAAGGAUGCAAGAGAUGUAAUCAGUGGUUCACAGGGUACAAUCAGAUGUUAAUGACAAAAUCAUUAGCUCAGGCUUCUAGUUUGCUUAUGAGACUAGUAGACUAGUUACAACUGUGAGUUCAGUGCUGCCAAAGACUACAUUGGAGCAAAACAUAUGUAAAUGCCGUGUUAACUUGUCUGCGAUGUGCUCAUAUACACUCACACACUGACAACAGGCUGGUCCACACUAAAUUUGGUUUUAUGGUUAAUAUUCCAGUCUUCCGGGGGGCACGGUGGAUCAGCGAGUAAAGUGUUAGCCUCACAGUUCUGUGGUCCCUGGUUCAAUCCUGGACCCGCCUGUGUGGAGUUUGCAUGUUCUCCCUGUGCCUGCAUGGGUUUUCUCUGGGCACUCCACAUCCCAAAAACAUGCAACAUUAAUUGGAGACACUAAAUUGCCCCUAGAUGUGAUUGUGAGUGCGGCUGUUUGUCUCUAUUUUCCCUGCGGUACCUUUCCUCCUGCCCGUUGACAGCUGGGAUAGGCUCCAGCACUCCUCACAACCCUCGUGAGGAUAAGUGGCAAAGAAAAUGGAUGGCUGGAUUCUAGUCUUCUUUCGAUUCAAGUGUCUCCCUGGGCACCAUGCUAGUUACUUCACUAGUUACUGUGUGUACAGAAUGUCAGGAUCUUUUGUCAGAAGCGAAAGGAACAGAGGAGGCAAAGUACAGGUGAUGGGAGGGGGGUCCGCAAUCAUUGUUUUUAUGCUGGCUGUUGGUUUAACUUGUUUUAACAUGAUGAAUACCAUUGUGAUUUCACAAGUAUGGAGUGUUGUUUCUUGUUUUGAGGUUUUGGGGCCUGGCUAUUGGAAUCCAGCAUGUUACUUCACAACAAUAGCAUCAUUCCAUCAUUCCUCAGCUUGGGCAGAGAUGGAUCUCCUUGUGAAGUUGCAGAAUAUGGAUGCUAUUUUGUCGCCACCAUAUUUUUAUUCAACUUUGUAACUGCGAAAAGUGAGUGAAUGUAGAGAUAAAGAGACCAACACGGGUGACUAAACACUUCGUUCAGGCACCACAUUUGGGACAGUGUAGCAUUCCAGUAAGGAAAACCCUGUUACUCUGGUAAAGCUAGCCAGUAUGAGAUUAAAUUGAGCUAUUCUUAUCAUACCAAUGACAUUCCUUCACCAACUUGAAGACCCAUAUGUCUGAUUUGAAUCAAGCCUGUAGUCAACUUUGUGUUUCAGGCUUUGCUGAAAAGCGAUUUGCUGCUAGAAGUGGUAGGAGCAUACAAUUCUAUAUGGGCGACUCUCAGGUCAUUGAACAUACAUGAAAGCAAACCACAAGGUUUAUAUCUUACAUAGAAAUUAUGAUAGAGCUAUAACUAGAUAAAUUUAUAUUUUUAUGUCAAUACACCUAAUUUUGUGAUUGCAAAGAUGAUGAGGUACCUUGUACAGACUAGUCACGCCAGAGAACCGGCUGGACUGAGUUGAGUAAAUGUGUGAUGCCGUAUAGAGUGGUUCUUUAAAUCGCCAUACGUUAAAAUGCCAACUGAUGUGUGUGUGUGUAUAUAUAUAUAUAUAUAUAUAUAUAUAUAUAUAUAUAUAUAUAUGUUUAUGCAAAACCUUCUGGCUAUUUGAGGGCAUUUUGUGUCAGGAACACAAAGCCUCCUCACGUUUGAGAAACUGUCCUACUUGGAAUGCUGAAAGUUUUUUUUUUUUUUUUUUUUUUUUUUAAGCUUUUAUCCAGCUGGCUUUGUCUUCAUAUUUCCAGCGAUUGUGCACACAAAUACUCACCCUGAAUAUUUUUUUUUUUUGGGGGGGGUUGGCUGUUUUUAUUUUUUUUUUAUAAAAUAAUAUAAAGUUUGGCCUCAUGGGUAAUGAUAGAACAGAAUGUGCCAGCAUUCUUUAUUAGAAAGUUGGUCUCAACAGCUACUGAGAACAUAAAAACUUGCCUUCAGGAGAACUGUUAGAAAAAAUUAACAUCUGGGUUCAUCUUGUGCGGCCCACACAUACUGCGAGUUUGAUUAGAUGACAUUUCCAACGCUUAACAGCUAAACCCGCUGUCUUCGAAGGACUGGGUUAAGUGUGUGUGUGUGUGUGUGUGUGCGUGUGUGUGUGCGUGUGUGUGUGUGUGUGUGUGUGUGUGUGUGUGUGUGUGUGUUGCUGUAGUAGCAAAGCAGCAAACAGCAGUCCAAAUAGCUACCGAGAUUGCAGAAAGACCAAUCAAUUAUACUUCCACUUAGAUCAUUACGCCAAUGUAAUGCCAGUUUCAUAGUGUCACCUCUCAGGAUGUUUGCAAUGUGUUAGAAACUGGACUUAAUAAAGUUCCUCAUACUUUUGAAUGAGUUAACAAUGGACAGUUUUUCCUCACCACAAUGUGAGACUUUAGAUACUUCCUUGAUUUUUUUUUUUUUUUUUUUUUAUUUUUAUUUUUUUUUUCUUCCUUCUUUCUCCAACUGUAGACUACUACUGGUACAUGCAGGACUCGGAAUUAGCUCACAUAAGACUGGACUCUGAAGGGCUGUGUUUUCAUUAUUACACUAUUGUUGUCUUUUGUUCCUCACUGUAUGUUCAUUGUACAGGUUUUAGUCUAGUUGUAGUCUCAUUCACACCAAGAGCCUUAGAAGAUGUCACAGGUUCUCAAGUUCAGCCAUGUUUAUCUUUCAAACAGGUUUUUCUAGCUUCUGCUUGGUUUUGCCCCAUUUUCUCUCUCGCUCUUACUCUCUCUUAUUUGAUGAACUUUCCAUGCUGUUGUGAAAACAAUGGGCAACAAUUUGCCCACAGGAAAAAAAAAACUGACCAAACUGGUGUUCACCAUCAGAAUGACAAGUGUAACUCUUGGCUUUACCAUAAGUUGAUCCAUGCCAGUGUCACCAAACUGUCGUGAAUGCAAUCUCAGUAAAUGUGAUUUAGCUGUCUCUGGCUUGUCAAAUCUGAAGAGCCAGCGCUCCUAUUUAGUUAGGCGCGCACGCUGCACAACUAUGCAAGAGGAAUGCAUCUCAUCCAUACUUUUUUCCCCCAAUUUCUCAUGGUCACGCAGUAGAAACGAGGAUCGAAUAUAUUAAGAAUUUGCAAUGACAGUCAGCCUUAUGUUAAUUUGUGAAAUCCUAUUGGUUCCUUUAGAAGAUCAUAAGAUUCUGGUCAGCCAGCCCAGCAGAAGCAUCGGUUAUGGCAGGCUCACUCUUAGUCUCUGUGAGACUGGCGAGAUGGCCCCCAGUUUUGUCGUAGUACGAAUGUUGUGCAUUUGUUUAGAAUCAGGACAGUUUGCAAUAAGUCUUACCACAGCGCAAGAAAUACAGUGGGGGAAAAAAAGUAAGUAUUUGAACACCCUGCUACAGUAUAUUGUAAGUUCUCCCACUUAGAAAUCAUGGAGGGGUCGAAAAUUUUCUACAUAGGUGCAUGUCCGCUGUGAGAGAUAAUCUAAAAAGUAAACUCCAGAAAUCCCAAUUUAUUUGUGUGAUACAGCUGCAAAUAAGUAUUUGAACACCUAUCUAUCAGCUAGAAUUCUGGCCAUCAAAGACGUGUUUGUCCGCCUUUAAAAGUCCACCUCCACUCCAUGUAUUAUCCUGAAUCAAAUGCACCUAUGUGAGGUCAUUAGCUACAUAAAGACACCUGUCCACCCCCUACAAUCAGUAAGACUCAAACUUGUAACAUGGCCAAGACCAAAGUGUUGUCCAAAUACACCAGAGACAAAAUUGUACAACUCCACACAGCUGGAAAGGGCUACGAAGAACUUGCCAAGCAGCUUGGUGAAAAAAGGUCCACUGUAGGAGCAAUCAUUAGAAAAUGGAAGAAGCUAAACAUGAAGGUCAAUCUCAAUCAGAGUGGAGCCCCAUGCAAGAUAUCACCCCGUGGGGUCUCAAUGAUUUUGAGAAAGGUGAGGAAUCAGCCCAGGACGACACGACAGGACUUUGUCAAUGACCUAGAAAGAGCUGGGACCACCGUUUCCAAGGUGACUAUUGGUAAUACACUUAAGACGUCAUGGUUUGAAAUCAUGCAUGGCAUGGAAGGUUCCCCUGCUUAAAUCAACAAAUGUCAAGGCCCGUCUUACGUUUGCCAAUGACCAUUUGGAUGAUACAUAGGAGUCAUGGGAGAACGUUUUGUGGUGAGAUGAGAACAAAAUGGAACUUUUUGGUCAUAAUUCCACGAACCGUGUUUGGAGGAAGAUGAAUGAUGAGUUCCAUCCCAAGAACACCAUCCCUACUGUGAAGCAUGGGGAUGGUAGCAUCAUGCUUUGGGGGUGUUUUUUCUGUACAUGGAACAGGACGACUGCACUGUAUUAAGGAGAGGAUGACCGCGGCCAUGUAUUGUGAGAUUUUGGGUCACAGCCUCUUUUCCUCAGUCAAAGCAUUGAAGAUGGGUCAUGGCUGGGUCUUUCAACAUGACAAUGACCCAAAGCACACAGCCAGGAAAACCAAGGAAUGGCUCCGUAAGAAGCAUAUCAAGGUUCUGGCGUGACCUAGCCAGUCUCCAGACCUAAACCAAAUAGAAAAUCUUUGGAGGGAGCUGAAACUCCGUGUUCUCAGCGACAGUCCAGAAACCUGUCUGAUCUAGAGAAGAUUUGUGUGGAGGAGUGAGCCAAAAUCCCUCCUGCAUUGUGUGCAAACUUGGUGAACAACUACAGGAAGAGUUUGACCUCUGUAAUUGCAAAGAAAGGCCAAAUAUUAACAUUGUUUUUUGUCAGGUGUUCAAAAUACUUAUUUGCAGCUGUAUCACACAAAUAAAUCGUUAAAAAAAUCAUACAUUGUGAUUUCUGGAUUUUUCUUUUUAGAUUAUCCCUCUCACAGUGGACGUGCACCUACGAUGAAAAUUUCAGACCCCUCCAUGAUUUCUAAGUGGGAGAACUUGCAAUAUAGCAGGGUUUUCAACUACUUAUUUUAUUCACUGUAUAUACACUGUUAUGAAAAGUAUUUGCCUCUUCUCACUUUUUUUUUUUUUGCAGUUUCCAUACAUAAGAUUAUCAAACAAAUAAUAAUAAUGAUAAGAUAACUUGCAGUUUUCAAACUGUGAUUUUAUUUAUUAAUAGGGGGUGACUGUGAUCUUUUCAAAGCUACUUGGCCCUGUGUGGAAAAGGUAAAUGUGAAAUCCUGAGUUAACUUGUGGCUUCUCACAUUUGUGGGAAAGCUGAAUUAAUAUUCACUGACCACAUUCAAACCUGAUUACCUCCAGACCUUCUCAACCAGGAAAUAACUUAAAUAGAACCUGUCUAAAAAUGAAGUUGGUCUAAAGAUUUUGGGAAAAAAAAUUAAAAAAGCUGUGACAGAAUGCCACAAUCCAAAGAAAUUCAAGAGCAGAUGAGAAGUAAUUGCCAUCUAUCACUUUGCAAAGGGUUUCAAAAACAAAUUCCAGCAAACCACAUUGAGUCUUUACCCUCUCCAGUGGACAGUGGUUUUCAUGACACAGGGGGUGCGGUUUGUUUUACCCCAACCUCCAAUCCUCCAGGGCUGGGGGGUGUUAAAAGUUAAUUUCCAAAAAGUGGGGUGUGCCCAGAAAUUUUGAAACUCACUAUCCUAACAGCACCUCGGCGACUCAUCCAGGAAAUCACAAAGGAACCCAAGACAAUGUCUAAAGAUGUUGCUGAAUUAAAACAAUUGUUCAAGGGAGAGUGGGCUAAAAUAUCUCCAGACAUGUGAACAUUGACGGUGCUAGACUGUUUGAUUUCAGUUUAUGCUGCUGAGGAUGACCCAACCAGUUUAUUAGAGUUCAGGGAGAAUUAUUUUUUCCAUACAGGACUAGAUACCUUUUGGAAUAAUAUUUUUUUCUUGAAUAAAUACGAAGACCAUCUAAAAAAUGCAUUUUGUUUAGUUGGGAAAUCUUUGUCAACUUGAAUGUUUGAUAUAAAUAAAUUGGGAAAUAAAAAAAAAAAAUGAGAAGGGUGCCAAUACGUUUUCACAUUGCUGUGUAUGUGUGUACAUAAAUAUUCACAAUGCAUCUUAGUAAAAGUAUCACCAAUUGUUUACUGUGAUAUACUAUUACAUAAAUACAUGUCCAGGUUGAAUUUCUGAAUACAAAAUAUGUUAUGGAAUCAUGCAGAGAUUGUAGAUUAUGUUCUGGUGUAUGGUUUCAAAAGUACUGUUGACUAUUUUAACAGUCGCAUUCCUGUGUGAUUGUGGGUGGUACAUUGUCCACAAAAAAAGUGACUUUAACCUUUUAUUUUGGCAUGAAAUCGAAGUUUGCCCAAACCCCAGCAGGGCACUUUGCCAAAUAGUUCCAAGUCUUUAUUCUGGUAGGAUAUAUUUUCAUUUUAAAGCGGACUUCAAGAACUUGGAGCUGUUGAAAUAGAGUUUGCUAACAGCUAAAUUAAUGACUCACCAGAAGGAAAAAAAAAAAACCCUGCAGAUUAUGGGGAAACUAAUGUAUUUUUAGAUCAAGACUUUUGCUCAAUUUCUCUGUAAAACUACAUUCAUUGAAUGUGAAAUUGAAUAAUUUCAAAUGUGAUAAGAAUAGUUUUGGAUCAGUAUGCUAGUACACUAUUCCUAAUGUGGCCUGUCCAUGGCUGAGCUCACCAGCCAUUUGCUCUUACUUGCUCAGUGAGAAUGGUUCGGACCCAUGGUGAAGUCCCCACCUUUACACACACACACAAUAAUGUAUCUCAAUAAUCAGUAAUAAAUAAUGGUGAAACUAGUUAAAUGCUUUGCAUUUUUGUGUUGAAUGGAUGCUGCUUCUUUUAGUUGGUGAAAUAAAAGCAUUCAAAUGUAA